AUCUUUUUUUCUUUCCUUUUUUUUCUUUUUUUGUUAAUAUAUAUCUUUUUGUUUUAAUAUAUCAUUUUUUUCCUUACUUUAUAUAAAUAUAUAUAUAUCCAUUUCAUAUCAUAUUUUUCCAUAUUAUUGUAUAAAUAUUAUUAUUAUUAAAUUAUGUUAGAUCAUCUUGUUGGAAAACCCUCCGCCAAUUGGAAACGUACACAAGUGUUACUGACCAUGAUUGUGGGAUAUUGGAUUAUUAUCAAGGGCGAUACCAAUCGAUUACCGAAGAUAUUACAAAAGUUCAACAAAUCUAUUGAUGGUAAUGCUCCAUGGAAAAUCACUGUAUCUGCUUGGAUGGCAUAUUACUUGAUACAAAAUCUAUUCCAUCUUGUUGGCUUGAAUGCUCCUGAACCAUUGGCUCGAUUGUACAAACGAAGUUUUUAUCGUGCAACAUGGAUUCUGACAGCUUUGGAUGCAGGGUUCUUUACAGCCCAGCCAUUGAAACCUAUUUGGUUACGCCAUAUUUGUUCCAUUUUAUUCUCGGUCUAUUAUUUGGUGUUUGCUGAUGCUGCUGAAGAAAAAGUGCGUAGAGUACGAGCAACUAUGUCUGUUGAACAAAUGCGUGUUUCAUGGGAAAAAGUCGCUACCAAUCCAAUAUUAUCAAUAAUAUCAAAAGCAACUCGACCUCGAUUAUCCAUUCGUCGUAUUCUUCAAUUUGAUCGACCUGAUUACCAUCAACACUUAUCUCCUACCGAAGUUUAUUUUUUCUAUGCUGGUGAUCCUGAUACUUUGGCUCAACAUAACACCAUCCUUUUACAAUUCCCUGGUGGUGGAUUUGUAUCUAUGCCUCCUCCUUGUCACGAAGAUGCUAUUGCUGCUUGGGCAAAACAAACAGGUUUACCAAUUUGUAGCGUCAAUUACAAAAAAGCACCUGAAUAUCCUUACCCAUGGCCUAUUGAUGAAUGUUUUGACCUUUAUGUAACUUUGAUCCGUGAUCGUGGUAAAUCAUUUGGUCUCUCUGGUGACAAAGAUUUGAAUAUUAUCGUUUUGGGUGAUUCUGCAGGUGGGAAUGUAACAACAGCCGUGACAUUGAAAAUUUUACAACAUAACGAACAAAUCAAACAAAAAUCUCAACAAUCAUCAUCAUUGGCGGAAUCUUUUCUAACACCUUCACCUACCUUGACUUCGAUCCAAAUGCAACAAUCAGAACCUUUAUUUAAUACCAAAAUCCCUGUACCUUGUGGUAUAAUCCUAAUCUAUCCUGCUUUGGACUUUGAAAUGUCAUGUUGGAUGUCACCUGAUCAACUUUCUCUGAUUCGUGCGGAAUCGAAGACUCAACUUUUCCGAUCAAGUUCUUUGGAAUCAUUAUGGCAAACAAAGGAUCAUUUUAGUCAUGCAAGUCCCCUCAGUGUAGUACCAGAUAUUGAAAAGACAAGUUUAUGGAGGCGUGCUCUCGAUAAUCUCAAUAUUACCAACAAGUCAAAAACUUUACCAACUGCAUCAGGAUCUUCUUUGUCAUCUACUUCCGGUCGUGAUCCUUCUAUUCGUGAACGUGUACAUCAACCUUCUGUCGACAAACAUGCUUGGGGUUCUUCUCGUUUGGCAAUGACAAGUAGAAUGAGUUUCUUCAAUGACCGAAUCAUUAGUCCUGAUAUGAUGCGUGCCAUGGCUAUUUUGUACCUUGGACCUCAUGCUAACCCUGAUUUCGAUACUGACUAUCUCCUAUCGCCUAUUGUGGCACCAUUUGAACUUCUUGCAAAGUUUCCCAAGACAUUUAUGAUUUGUGGUGAAAAAGAUCCUUUUGUAGAUGAUACUGUCAUUUUUGCAAGUCGUAUACGUCAAGCCAAAACGCAAUUCCCUAGUCCAUUGGAAGGUCAUCCUAAUAAUGUGGUACGUGUCAAGUUUUUGGAAGGAAUUAGUCAUGCCUUUUUACAAAUGAUGGCCUUUUUACCUGAAGCUCGUCAAGCUGCAAAAACAAUUGGUGCCUGGAUACGAGAAUUAGCGGAUGAUGUUGAUGAAACAUCUGGUCUCAACUCAUUUUCAGAUUCAACAUCAUUACCUUUGUCUUCUUCUGGAACAAAUCGAACCUUAUCCCCUGAAUUGGCUGAAGUGAAUGCUGCUGUCCAUGUGGCCGAAAUAAUUACUAGUGAAAAAGAGAUGAUCAAUAGACGCAAACAACAGUUAGUAGAUGGUUUAUAUUAGAUUUUAGUUAAUUAUUGUCGGUGAAUAAAAUUGCCUUUAUA